AUGACUUUAAUUGAUAUGAGAAUUUUUCUCUUCAGCGGGUUUCUUUUACUGGGCUUUGUCGUAGCGUCAGUACCGGAUGAUUACGUGGAUUCAUCGGAAUCCGCGGAAAUAAUAGACCAGGAUACGAAUACGUGCCAUUACAUCAGAGCUAAUUCGUUAUUGGAAGCGAGAUGCCAAUGGAAAUCGAUGAAAAUCUCGUUAGAUUUGAAUCCGGACAUACAGGUGCUCAAUGUUACCGGGAAAAUGUACCCGAUAAUCUUGAGUAACGAUACUCUGCAUUCUUACAAGAAGCUCGUCGCCAUCUAUCUACGUGACAAUUGGCUUCUUGAAUUCGACGAGGCACUCUUCGCCAAUCAGCAUUACCUGAAAGUACUGGAUCUCACGCGCAACAUUCUCUUCAAACUGCCCAAAAAUUUCUUCCAGUUUCCGUAUCUACAUACGCUCUAUCUCGGCCACAACAUGCUCUCCGAUUCCGCAUUCAAGAUAAACGUGACCUCGCCUCUCAAACUGCUCCAGCUAAACAAUAACAUUAUACACGUGUUCCCGAACAUAGGCGUCCAGCCGACCCUCAUUCAUCUCGACGUGUCCUACAACGUAAUCAUCUCGAUCAGCACCGAGGAUCUGGCUCCCUUCUGCUCGCUGAAAAAGCUCGAUCUGACCGGAAAUAGAAUCAGAUUCAACGCGAGCAGUUGUGAUUGUCAGAGGUUCAACGCCUGGGUGAAGCUACGACAGAUCAAGAUGAAGCCCGAUCUCUACAAAUGCAUCGAUCCACCAGCAGCUCUAAACAAGGACUGCGCCAAAGUGACAUUCAGCGAUCGGACGCACAAGCUGUUCAACGAGUGCUUGGCAAUGGCACAACAGAAGAUGAAGACCGCGAAAGCCUCGAUCGGUCUGAAGAAGCGUCGCCCCGUGCGUCUCGGUGUUCUUCUUCCUAGCGUUGUUCGUGCACAAGCGAUACCGUAGGCGGCACAUAAAGCAGGAGGAGCAGCUAACGGCGAUCUACGACAACACCAAACUAUUCCAACAGCAACCUGACGAUGAUUAGUAAAAUAAUCGCCGAAUAAACGUAGAAUCCUGUUAAAAGAGCUGUUUCUGGCGUCGACAAUAUGCGAGAGUAGAAUUUUGCGUGAGAAUAGAAUUUUCCGAGUAGGGUUGCAUACUCUUAAAUUAUUUACGACAGAAUAAAAUUUAUUUGUUAAAUAACAAGGCCCGCAAUAAUUCCGUUCAACAAGAUAUUUACAUAUAUCCGGACAUCGACCCAUUAAGGCCUUUUUGACGUUUAAUUAAAAAAAUUACAAGCAUAGCGGUAUGUCUUAGGACCUCUUACAAUAGAAAAAAAUUAU